AUGGACCAUCUAAAAUGUCACCAAGUUUUCCGAUGCAUUCGUUGGUACCUUGCCACCGUCAAACACAGCGUCCUUUGUCUUGGUCAAGCACCUCACUGGAAGAACACUGAAGGACUAUUUGAUCAAGCAUAUCGAAUGCAAACUAUCAUACAAGAACACCAUCAACUUUGCAUUUGCAAUGGUGAGAGGGCUGAGCUAUCUGCACUCGAGGAAGACCGUGCACCGCAACAUAAGACAGAGAACAUGCUCCUCAAUGAUAAGCUCAACCUCAAGAGCACCGACUUUGGCAUGGCCUACAUCAAGUCUAACUCAUGCUACAUGGUGUCGGAGGUGCUCGACAGGAAGCCCUACAACCACAAGUGUGAUGUGUACAACUUCAACAUAUGCAUAUGGGAAAUCUAUUGUUACAAGAUGCCCUGCAUGGACGUCAGCUUUAUCAACAUCACAUUGUUAGUCCUUCACAAGCACAUGCGGCCAGAAAUCCCAAAGUGUUGCCUGGGAGACAUGGCAUGCAUCAUGAGGAGGGGCUAG